AUGAGGACUCAAAUCUUGACAGCGGUUACUGCACUGCUACAUGUUGCCAAUGCAGGAUGUCCCUACAUGGAUGGCGACUCUGUCGUUCGUCGAGAUGACAACCCCCAAGCUAUGUCCACGGAUGAGUUCAUGGCCCAGUAUGAAGUCGACGAUAAAGGUACCUACCUGACCAAUCCCGUUGGAGGUCCAAUCGAAGACCAAAAUGCUCUCAAGGCUGGUGAGCGUGGUCCGUCACUACUUGAGGACCAAAUCUUCCGACGAAAGAUCAUGCACUUCGACCAUGAGCGCGUUCCUGAGCGUGCUGUUCAUGCUCGUGGAGCAGGUGCCCAUGGAACCUUUGUUUCUUAUGGGGAUUGGUCCAACAUCACGGGAGCGUCUUUCUUGAACGCGCCCGGCAAGGAGACCUCCACCUUCAUUCGAUUCUCAACUGUGGCCGGCUCGCGUGGAUCGGCCGAUACAGUCCGAGAUGUGCACGGUUUCGCUGUACGCUUCUAUACCGACGAGGGUAACUUUGAUAUUGUUGGAAACAACAUUCCCGUAUUCUUCAUCCAGGAUGCCAUCAAGUUCCCAGAUCUGAUCCAUGCGGUAAAGCCUAAGCCCGACUCUGAGAUUCCUCAAGCGGCAACGGCUCACGACUCGGCAUGGGACUUCUUUAGUCAGCAACCAUCUUCUAUGCAUACCCUUCUAUGGGCCAUGUCUGGUCAUGGUACCAUCCGAAGCUAUAGGCACACCGACGGCUGGGGUAUUCACACCUUCCGAUUUGUGACCGACGCAGGCAAGUCCAAGCUGGUGAAGUUCCGGUUCAGAUCGCUCCAAGGAAAGGCUUCGCUCCUGUGGGAGGAAGCGCAAAUGGCUGCUGGUAUGAACGCGGACUUGCACCGACAGGACCUUUUCGACUCCAUUGACAAGGGCUACUUCCCUGAGUGGGUUUUCGAGGCCCAGAUCAUGGAAGAGGAAGACCAGCUUCGCUGGGGCUUUGAUCUUCUUGACCCUACUAAGAUCGUGCCGGAAGACAUUGUGCCUUUCACGCCUCUUGGAAAGCUGACCCUCAACCGCAACCCGCGCAACUACUUCGCCGAGACUGAGCAGAUCAUGUUCCAGCCAGGACAUCUGGUGCGCGGAGUGGACAUCACAGAGGACCCGCUCCUACAGGGCAGAAUGUACUCUUACCUCGACACUCAACUCAACCGCAACAUGGGCUCGCCAAACUUCGAACAGAUUCCCAUCAACCAGCCUCGUGUACCUGUCCACAACAACGAGAGGGACGGUGCCGGCCAGAUGUACAUCCCACUCAACACCGCCGCAUACUCCCCGAACACUCUCAACGAAGGCUCCCCGAAGCAAGCAAACCAGAGCACUGGUCGCGGAUUCUUCACAGCACCAAGCCGCGGAACGAGUGGAAAGCUCGUCAGAGCCGUCUCCAGCACAUUCGCCGAUGUAUGGAGUCAGCCCCGUCUCUUCUUCAAUUCUCUUUUGCCCGUUGAGCAGCAAUUUGUUAUCAACGCUAUGCGAUUCGAGACCUCGCAGCUCAAAAGCGAAGUCGUGAAGAACAACGUGCUUAUCCAGCUCAACCGCAUCUCUCACGACAUUGCCGUAAGGGUGGCGGAGGCUCUGGGCAUGACCGCACCAGAGGCCGACGACACCUACUACCACGACAACAAGACCAUUGGCGUUAGCGCAUCUGCUGAACCGUUGCUCAAGCUCGAUGGACUCAAGGUCGGCUAUCUCACUACCGCGACUUCGUCGUCCGGUGACAACGCAAAGGCAUUGAAGUCAGCUCUCGCUGAUCUCAACGUUGGCAUGACUGUCGUCGCUGAGCACCUCGGUGGCAGCGUUGACCAGACCUACUCUGCUACUUCUGCCAUCCAGUUCGAUGCUAUCAUCAUCGAUGGCAGCGCAGAAAGCCUCUUCGCGCCCAUUCCUAGUCUGGCCAACUCCAACUCCACGACUGCACCCAGCCGCAACGCGACUGCUAGCGCCCGUUCGACUCUCUACCCUGCAGGCCGCCCUCUUCAGAUUCUCCAAGACGGCUACCGCUUCGGUAAGCCCGUGGGUGUGCUCGGGUCCGACAACACUGCUUUCGGUGCUGCCGGUAUCGAGGCUUCUACUCCUGGUGUCUACACUGCGAGUGAUGUGUCGGCGGUUGUGGACCAGCUCUCUGAGGGUCUCAAGACAUUCAAGUUCUUUGACAGAUACCCAUUAGACAAUUAGGGGAAAUAUGCUGGGGUGACUGCGAUGUAGUUCUUUUCGGUUUGUUCACGUGUUCGCGACUCGAGGUGCCAUUGCGCGCUCAAGAAACAAUAUAUUUGGAUACAUCUACAUCGUUAGAUACAAUGACACUUUUUGAACACAACGAUGACCAUAACUAUUGUGUGUGUGAAGGAUCGCUACCUCAGCAUCGAAGCUCCGGGCCUGAACACUGACAUGAGCUCUGCCGCCUCAUUUUUUUUCAACGUGGUCUGAUUAUGAUCAGGCGAGAUUGAAAUGACAUGGUCGUAAGUAGAGUGCACCUCGAGCCUCAUAUUACGGUGGAUCUCGGGAGUUAGAGGAAUAUCUCUACAUGAAACGCAGCAAACACGUUUACGCAAUAGUCUUAGACACGAAA